GCCGCGCAGCGGAGUUCCGUGACAGUUGAGGAUGGCCGGAGCCGAGAGCCCCGCCGGCUGCCAGGCGGAGCUGGAGCCCGUGGUGUCGCUGGUGGACGUGCUCGAGGAGGACGAGGAGCUGGAGAAUGAGGCAUGCGCCGUCCUGGGCGGCAGCGACUCGGAGAAGUGCUCCUAUUCGCAGGGCUCAGUGAAGAGACAAGCACUGUAUGCCUGCAGUACGUGCACACCAGAAGGAGAGGAGCCAGCAGGAAUUUGUCUAGCUUGCAGCUACGAAUGCCAUGGAAGUCAUAAACUGUUUGAACUAUACACAAAAAGAAAUUUUCGUUGUGAUUGUGGAAACAGCAAGUUUAAAAAUUUGGAAUGCAAAUUAUUUCCUGACAAAUCAAAGGUAAAUUCUUGCAAUAAGUACAAUGACAACUUUUUUGGAUUAUACUGCAUUUGUAAGAGACCUUAUCCUGAUCCUGAAGAUGAGGUUCCAGAUGAGAUGAUUCAGUGCGUGGUCUGUGAAGACUGGUUCCAUGGCAGACAUCUUGGUGCCAUUCCCCCUGAGAGUGGGGAUUUCCAAGAGAUGGUGUGCCAGGCUUGUAUGAAGCGCUGUUCUUUCUUGUGGGCUUAUGCUGGCCAGUUGGCAGUCGCCAGAGUGUCUGCCGAAGAUGAUGGACUGCUGCUGAAUGUUGAUGGCGUGGGCAGUCAGGAGGUUAUCAAGCCUGAGAAUGGACGUCACCAAGAUAACACCCAAAAAGAGGAUGUUUCAGAGCAUGGAAAGAAUGCUGGCAAGGAAGUUAAAGCCGAGCAGAAUAAUGAGCCAUGUACCAGCUCUAGUUCUGAGUCUGACUGCCAGACCGUUUUUAAGAAUGAAAACACCAAAACUGAGCUGCAGUCUGGCUGCAGACUUCAGGAGCUUCAAGCCAGUCAGUUUGUAAAGAAGGAUGUUGCCACCUAUUGGCCCCUGAACUGGCGCAGCAAGCUGUGCACCUGCCAAGAUUGUAUGAAAAUGUAUGGAGAACUAGAUGUCCUGUUCCUGACAGAUGAAUGUGAUACAGUUUUGGCUUAUGAGAACAAAGGCAAGAGUGAGCAGGCCACCGAGAGACGGGACCCUUUAAUGGACACCCUGAGCAGCAUGAACAGAGUCCAGCAAGUGGAGCUGAUCUGUGAAUACAAUGACUUGAAGACUGAACUUAAAGACUAUCUGAAGAGAUUUGCUGAUGAAGGCACGGUUGUUAAGAGAGAGGACAUUCAACAGUUCUUUGAAGAAUUUCAGUCUAAAAAGAGGAGGAGAGUGGACGGGCUGCAGUAUUACUGCAGCUAGAGGGAGUGCCUGCUUUCUCACUCAGAUCCGUGGAAAUGCCCCUGCUCCGGAGUAAAGAGACCUAUGUCACACUUGGUCCCCUUUCCAUCUUCCUGUGGCCUCAAGCUCCCUUCUCCUUAACAGUAGCCACAGUGUCUCAACAAGUGUCCUCGAUGACUCAGCUAAACACACCUCAUUCCGCA